AUGGAUUCUCCUGGAAAGUUGCUUAACGUGAAGAUUCCGGUGCAAGCUCCAAACAAUAAGAAGCCUGAGAAAGAAGGAGAAGAGGAAGAUGGAUUCACAACUCCAAAAGGAGUGCAAUUUAUCAUUCCACCGCAGGUCAAGUGUCCUCCGGCUCCUAUACGCGGCGGUGUCCAACAAAAGACCAUCGAAAAACGUCGGAAAAAAUCCACCCCACGGAGGCUUACCUCCGUCGACGUUGAAGAUUUGAGCACUUUCUUCUCAGGAACACACAUAUAA